GGGAUUCCCCUCGGCUUUCCGGGAAAAGGCGGCGGCGGCGGGAAAGGGACUGGGUCGGAUUGGAGCGGCAUCAAUCACACCGGGAACCCCCGGGACUCAAAAGGUCCGGACUGGGACAUACUGGGAGCAGUACCGGCACCCGCACUGACCCUCCGGGACCCUCCGGAACCAACCGCGAAAAGAACCGGGACCAACCGGGAGCAGGACCAGGACCCAGCAGGACCCAGCAGGACCAGAACCACACCAGGACCCAGCAGGACCCAGCAGGACCACACCAGGACUACACCAGGACCCCCUGGCCCGGAUGUUGUCUCCCUCCACACGCCGGCUCCUGGCCCUGCUGGGCCCCGAGCGCGGGCGCUGGAUGCUGGUGGGGGGGCUGAUGUCGGCUUCUGCCCUCGGUGAGGUGGCUGCCCCAUACUUCACGGGACAAGUCACCGACCAGGUGACACAGAAGGAUGCAACAGCGGCCGUGUGGCCCCUUGUGCUGCUGGGGCUCAGCAGUGCCAUCACCGAGCUGGCCUGUGACAGCCUGGCAGCUGUGGCGCUGACACGGGCUCGGGACCGGCUCCAGCGCGGUGCGGUGGCUGUAGUGCUGCGUGGGGACGUGCCCGGGCCGGGGGGCAGCCUGGGGGACACGCCAGGCGCGGUGGCCGAGCGGGUGACAGGGGACUCUGAGGCGGCGCACUCAGCGCUGGCCGAUGUGCUGGUGCCGGGGCUGUGGGCGUUGACACGGGCUGGGUCACUGCUAGCCAUGGUGGCCUGGCUGUCCCCGGUGCUGGCCCUGCUCACCCUUCUGGCGCUGCCCCUCCUUGUGCUGCUGCCACACACCGUCGGGUGCAUCGAACAGGAUCUGGCACGGCAGGUGCGGAAGGCACAGGCCCGCACCACUGCACUGGCCCUGGAGUCACUGGGGGCCAUAGGGACCAUCCGGGCCUUCGGGCACGAGGCCGGUGUCACCGCGCGCGUCUGGCAGCGCCUCGCCCAGGGACAUCAGUUGGCGCAGAGGGAGGCGCUGGCCUAUGCGGCUGGGUGCUGGGCCAGCGGGUUCCCUGCAUUGGCCCUGAAGUUGGUGCUGCUCCUCUUGGGGGGAUACUUGGUGGCUGCAGGGACUGUCACCCCUGGGGAUCUGGUCACCAUCCUCAUGUGCCAGCUGCACUUCAUCAACGCUGUGAAGGGUGUGCUCCACUACUUCCCGAUCCUGGCCAAGGCCGUUGGCUCCUCUGAGACACUCCUGGAACUGCUGGAGCAGGCCAAGACGGUGGCACCUGCGGGGCCACCGUCACCUGUCCCCCCCCAGGGCCAUGAGACCACAUGGACUCAGGGCCUGUGCCUCAAGGAUGUCUGGAUGUCGUACCCUGGGCGGUCUGAGCCAGUCCUCAAGGGGGUGUCGCUGUCGCUGCGCCCCGGGGAGGUCGUGGCCGUGCUGGCGCCCCCUGGCGGCGGGAAGAGCUCGCUGGUGUCAGCGGCGCUGGGACUGCGCCCCCUGGCGGGCGGGGCGGUGCUGCUCAACGGGAUUCCCCUGACCCCCAGCUCGGACCCUGCUCUGCGACAGCAGGUUGCUGGUGUCCUGCAGCGCCUGUCCCUCUUGUCCCGCUCUCUCAGCGCCAACAUCAUGCUGGGCUGGGGCCACAAGGAGGGGACACAGGUGAUGGCAGCGGCACAGCGGGUGGGGGUGCACACUUGGGCCAAGCAGCUGCCGCAUGGCUAUGACACAGAGGUGGGCCCACGGGGGAUGCAGCUUUCAGGGGGGCAGGCACAAGGAGUGGCGCUGGCCCGGGCCCUGCUCAGGAACCCCCAAGUGCUGGUGCUGGAUGAGCCCACGCGGGCACUCGACCCCAUGACCCAGCGCAAGGUGGAGCAGGAGCUGCUGUGUCCCGGCGCUCCUGGGGCAGGGGAGAGGCCGGCAGUGCUGCUGGUGACCGGGCGGGUGGCCCUGGCCCAACGGGCUCCGAGGGUGGCCCUGCUGGAGGGGGGACGGCUGCGGGAGCUGGGGACCCCCGGGGAGUUAAGGACCCUCCCGUGGGGGACAGCGGGGGACACUGGGGACACUGGGGAUGGGGAGGGGGACGACUAGGGCUGGGAGGGGGACACGGGGAUGGAGACUGUGAGAACAGGGGUGAGGACGCUGAAGGAGGAGGGGCAGUGGGGACAUGGGGACACCGUGGGGGAGAGGGUGACUUCGGGGCCAGGGCUGUGACAGUGACCGAAUGUGAAAUCAAGCGAUAAAUCUACAAAUCUGUACAUCAAGAAAUCGAUAAAUCGAGCAAUAAAGGCGUCGGGAGUGGGGCUGGGGCCGGGACCCCCCCCCGGCGGGGCCCCGCCACCCCUCC